UUACCCCGGAUGGGGAGAAUGAAAAUCAAAAAUAUGUAAUCUCUGGUAUUGUUAAAGAUCUUACUAAUCGAACAGAAACUGACCACGAAUCGCGAAUGAUGGGUCACCUACGUGAAGUUGGUUACUUCCUCGAUUCAAGAAAACCAACUAAUGAUGAAAUGCGUAUAGUAAAAUAUAACAAUGCCCUUUAUAUUGACCCUAGUAAAAGUGAAACAGUAGUUACUAUCAUCGAUGAGAAUCCAAAGGCAACUAUUCAAAAACUUGUUAAGGUCCAAGAAGGAAAUAACGCUACUGAUAUUCAAGAAAAACACCAGCGAAAAAAUAAUACGUGUUUUGUUAAAAGAUCUGAAACUACCAAGGCACUAGGUGCAAUUGCACGAAGUAUUGAAGAUUUUCCCCAG